AUGACUUCAAUUGAUUUUCAAUUGGAUUUUUUUCAUCAUGAACAUUAUGAAAAUCUAUCUACAACAACAACAAAUUUAACAACUACAAUUAUAUCAGAUAAUAAAAAUGACUUAAACUGGCCUGUAUUAAGCUUAUCAGUAUUAGCUGUUUGUGGUGUACUUGGUAAUUCACUUGUAUGUGUAGCAAUAUCUCUUGAUAAACAAUUACAAACAGUUACCAAUUGGUUUCUUUUUUCAUUAGCUAUUGCUGAUUUUUUAGUUAGCCUUAUUGUUUUACCACUUUCAAUCAUCAAAGAUUUUCAUGGUUCAUGGCUAUUGCCAAUUGCAAUUUGUGAUUUAUUUAUUUUUCUCGAUGUACUUCUAUGUACAACAUCAAUAUGGCAUUUAACAAUUCUUUCAAUCGAUCGUUUUCUUCAUAUAUCUCGUCCGUUUCGUAGUCGAGAACGAAGUAAACGUAAAACUUUCUUAACAAUACUUGGUAUAUGGACAUUUUCUAUUGCUAUAUCAUGUAUAAUACUUAUUCUGGGUUUUACUGAUAAAUCUAAUAUUAUCGUUGUCGAUAAUAAUCGUCAACAUUGUGUACUAAAUAAUCGUUCAUUUAUUAUUUAUGGUUCAAUUAUUUGUUUUUGUAUACCAUGUAUACUUAUGCUUGUUACAUAUUCGUUAACUGUUCACCGUUUACACGUUGAAGGAGCUAAAUGUUAUUCCGAUCCUGAUGAUAAUUUAAUGAUAAAACCACGAAAAUCUGAUGGUUUAAGAAGACAUAUGUCAAGUACAAAACGAAAUUCAAAUCCAAGUUCGCAAACUUCUAAAAAUACUCCAUCAAAAGAUAUUUCACCUUCAACACCAACAUCACUUAGUCCACCACACCCAACUGAUAGAAAUGAUAAACAAAAUUAUCUUCAAAAGCCUGUGUCGCCAACAACAUCAAUACCACCAUCGAAUACACAACAACGUUCAUUUCUUAAUAAUACAUUUGUACAAAAAGCAGUACAUGCAUUUAAAGGUGGAACAGAAACAUCAAGUGAACGUCGUGCAAUGAAAGUACUUGGAAUUGUUUUUUUUGUUUUUCUUGUUGCUUGGCUUCCAUUUUCAAUAUUAAAUAUAUUAUCAGCUGCUUGUCCAACAUGUGGUGUACAGCCAUCAUUAUUAAAUUUAACUAGUUGGUUUGGUCUUAUAUCAUCAAAUUUAAAUCCACUUAUUUACACGGCAUUUAAUGUUCGAUUUCGUCGUGCUUUUGUAUCUAUAUUAACAUGUCGAUCAAAUUAUUUUUCACAAAAACGUAAAGGAAAUAAUCAUUAUGUAUUUAUUGCUAAUAAUAAUAAUCAAAAAAUAAUUAUUGAUCAUGAACAAUAUUUUUUUCCAUCACGUCGUUUUAUUAGUCAAAGAAGAUUAAAACCAAAAAAUUUUAAUUAA